CCUGCCGUUCAGGUGUAGAACUAGGCAAGGAAUUCUCCUCGAUCGACCUGUAUGUGGAAGUUUAUCCGCUGCCAGUAACAUCAACUGUGAUGUUCCGGUUCGCAGAUACGCCGGUCAAGUUCAUCGUAUUCUUUAUUGAGCUGCUUUAGCAGAGUUAUCUACGACAUGACGAGAAAAAAAAUUAUCGCUCUGCUGGGGAUCAUCAUGUCCACUUAACGACUUCAAAGAACAAGACACCUGUUGCUUGGCACUUGCCAUGGCGUUUCUCUGCCCUGUAAGAAUACGUCGCGGAAAAAGAAAGAAAGAGGGAAGCGACAAGCUGUCGACCCGUGCACCAAGCAUCGGCCGCAUCACGGGUAGUGCCAGCAUCGAGACCCUAGUCCGCGUCGGCAUCGAGAAGGAGCACGGCCUUUCUCCAGACUCCAAGGUCGUCAUUCUCCACGACUUUACCCCGUGCGUCGACGACGAGCUCGAGGUCCGCCGCGGACAGGUGGUGAACGUCCUCUACCAGGAGAAUGACUGGGUGUACGUCAUCGCGGAGACCGGUCAAGAGGGCUUCAUCCCUCACUCGUACUGUGCCCCGUACGGAAGCCAGCUCGCGCUGACGGUGAGGCAGAAGAAGCUUCCGCGGAGCGACGAGGAACUCGACCAGAUCUCGUCCAGGGGGACUCACUCCAUCGACAGUGGACAGCACUCGGACGCGGAGAGCUUUGGGGGACAGAAGGAGCGACUGGGGGGAAGUGUGGCGCCGGACGUGCAUCCGUUCUUCAAGGACCCGGCGGGGAGGUACAUAGUGCUGUACACGUUUGUAGCGAGGGACGAGAACGACGUCAGUGUCGAGAGGGGGGAAUUGGUGACAGUGUUGAACAGGGAGGAUCCUGACUGGUUCUGGGUGUUGAGGUCGGACGGACAGGAGGGUUUCGUGCCAAGUGCCUUUGUGUAUCCUGCGGACCAGGUGACCAUGCAAGAAAACAAGAACACUCCUCACAAUGCUACAACAUCCAACACCGCAAACUCUUCAACACAAGCUGCACUUGGUGUCCAAGCCACGACGACGUACCACCAUCAAUCUGGCGGAGGAAACAUUGCAAACAGCAACCUGAGCAACGCCAAUAAUGCUCCGGUGACGGAGGAGUUGCGCUUCCGCGGCAGCGAGCUCGUCAUGUUGUACGACUACAAGGCACAGGCGCCAGAUGACCUCAGCGUACGCAGGGGCGACUGGGUGUACGCCGACCUUUCGACCCAGACGGUGGAGGGGUGGCUGUGGGCGUACGCCCCCAAAGUGCACAAAUACGGUUUCAUCCCAAAGGCAUAUGCAAGGCCUCCUGCAAUGACAUCGCUUUGAUGACUGUGUGCUUGGGUGUUUGACUUGCUGGUGCGAAGGUGCAUGUGCGUGUUGUUUGAACUUGUUUGAGCUUGCGGUAGAUCGUUGAAUCGUUGAAGGCGCAAAAGUGAUGUGUGCAAAAGGUUUCUUUCAGACUGAAAUUUUCAGACAAAUGACGCACAAUGUGGAUUUCAGACAGGACACAUCUAGCUGUUGCAGUCAUGACUGCAGCAGCCCACACCGCAUGGGCUGGGUUCUCGGAUAAUUUCAAACCGAGAAUGAAAUGGAGCAGCUUGUCAACUGUAGAUGAUUUGACCCGUGGCUUUUCUAAGAGACCUUUCUUCACUUGGGCUACAACGAAACAACAGCUUUAUUUUUAGGACGGUUGUCCGCUUAUCUGAUUUCUUGCAUCGACUUAUGGUCCGCUUCGUGCUAUUCUGGACAUAGUACUUCAUAAAUGCAGCCCAGUUGCAGCUAUCCAGGAUACGCAUUGAGCGACACUAAUUAUACGAACCCAGUUCAUGAACAUUGUUUAUGACGCCGCUGUCUCAUUCGGGUAAGGAAAUACUAGUGGGUACAGUUUUGGGAACAUAAAUGCUUUCCAGUUUUACCGGCACAGCUUUUAGAGGACUUUGGGGCCAAAACAAUCUGCACCAAUGGGUGAAGACUCAGAUGAAUGAGGGAUCCCAAGUGUAUAUAUAUAUAUAUUGCAUUUGUACGGAGGUACUAGUUAAUUUCCUACCCAUUUUCUGCUCACUAAUAAUGUGGGACCACUUGCACAAACUUUGAGGAAGCUCCUCAGUAGCUUUGGCAGUGACACACGAGCAGCUUUGAGGAAGCUACUGAGGACAGUCCUCAACAUUCCUGCGAGCGGGCUGUGAUUUGGUGGCAAAAAUUAACCUGCAGCUCAUGAUCAUCAUUUUUGCUGUUUCAUUACAUAUAUCGUUUCCUUUGCAGUGAUGCAAGAACGAAAAACAAUGCACAUCGCAUCCCAUUGAGAAUGGAAUGCAAGCAAAAAAAGAAUGCCGCUGUCUUUUCUGCGUUCAUACUGUACGUGACUCGUGUUUAGCCUUUAACGUGGGUCACUUUCAUUCCUACAUUGCAUCAUCUAUGAGUGCAGUGCAAAUGCAAAUGUUGUUCAGGUGGCAUAGAUUGGGCAAAUCUGUGGUGUGUGAUUUACGUUCUUUUUUUUUCCUGGUUUGUUACCGCAUCAUGGCAAUGUGUAGAAAACAGGUGACCAGAAAUCGAAAGAAACACAUUAAUAUUAGUGCGUGAUGUUUGAGUGUGGUGAGACAAAGCAAACAACAGUAUUGUUCGGCCUGCAUAGGUCAGUCAAAUGUGCAUAGCAUGGUUUACGCAAAAAAUCAAAACCGUGAAGAACACACUGAUAGCGCACAAUCCUUGAGUGGGGCAAGACAUUGUGCAGUAACAUUUCGAUACAGUUGGUAGGUAGGCUUGGGUGAAUGAGUUCCUGAGCCAGAGAGGAGAAACAAUUGUGACGCAAAGCAAUAUAAGCCAACCCGCGUAACUUCUCUACGAGAAAGAGAAGCCCCAAGUUGUAAAUAAGAAUGCAUUCUUUGUACUGUGAGUACAUGUCACCUUGUACCACUUCUAGUUGGCUCACAUCCUGUUAAUAUUGCCAUUAUUGGCUUUGCACUGCCCGCCAAACGUUAUGUCGAGUGCCUUUUGCGGGCACGACUGGUGUAUAUUAACUGUAACGUGGAAAAGUUACUUUUUUCGUGGGCAACACUGCUGGUACUGUCUGCUAACUUUUGUGUCAACGUGUGUUACUCAAAAUUCGUGAUACUUUUAUAUUUUUUUGCAUUAUACUGUUGUUCUUAGAAUAUGGUUCCACCUUCUGAGUGAGAUUUUUCCUUCGAUGGCAACUUUUUUUUCUUCGCCCGCACAACGAUCGUGCACAAUCGUCUUUUUUCUUUGUACAUAAUUGUGCGCAUUAAUGUGUUUUGGAAAGUGCAUUUCCCAUACGCUCA